GUUGAAUGUUUCCUUCACUUCCUGCCAGCUGUCACACCGGCGGUGAAGCCAUGCGAUCGCUCAUCGGGUUUUUGUUGGUUUUAGGGACAGCUACGGCGAGCCUUUAUUGGUUGUCGAUGCGACUUCCCGAAGAGCCGCGUGCGGGAAGUGGGUUAUAUACAUAACAGAACAGCUUUUCAAAGUCCUGCUAAGUUUUAAACAGUUGUAAAACCAGCAACCUGUCUUUGCCAUAAAAUCAAAGCUAAGCAGUAGCCCAUCUCACCCCUCAGCAUGAGGCCACAGAGUAAAUACUGAGCUCCUGUUUUCUGCUUGGAAUGUAUAUAUCUGGUUUGUUGAAAUCAAGCAGUGAAUGAACAAUGAUUGAAUGUGACCAUGGCUAAAGAAAGGACAGUAACAGUAUGACGCUAUUAAAAUUCCCUUCAAACCUAGAGGAACUGCGAGAGCUUGCAGAAUUUCUACAAUACUAUAACAGAGAGCACCAUGCAUAUGUGCUGCUGCUGUUCUGUAGUGCCUACCUGUAUAAACAGAGCUUCGCCAUUCCUGGUUCAAGCUUUCUGAACAUCCUUGCUGGGGCUCUCUUUGGACCAUGGAUGGGUCUCCUGUUGUGUUGUGCCUUGACUUCUGUGGGUGCUUCCUGUUGUUAUGGUCUAUCCAAUAUCUUUGGAAAACAAUUUGUCAUCUACUAUUUUCCUGAUAAAGUAGCUAUGCUUCAAAGGAAGGUGGAAGAGAACAGAAGUUCCUUGUUUUUCUUGUUGUUGUUUCUGAGGCUAUUCCCUAUGUCCCCAAACUGGUUUCUGAAUCUCACAUCUCCCAUCCUGAACAUCCCCAUGAUGCAGUUUUUCUUCUCUGUUUUCAUAGGUCUUAUGCCAUAUAACUUCAUCUGUGUCCAGACAGGUUCAAUCCUUUCACAGAUCACGUCCCUUGAUGCCAUUUUCUCCUGGACUACAUUACUCAAGAUGCUGGCUAUAGCCAUGGUGGCAUUAAUUCCUGGGACUAUCAUUAAGAAGUUCAGUCAAAAGCAUCUGAACUUGGACAAAAGUUAUGAGAAUGUUUAUGUGCUCAAUGGACGGAAGCACAAAUGAAUAGACUGAGAGACAGAUACUGAGAGUCUGCUUAUGAGAAAGGUGCAAUUCUUUUUCCAAAAUAAUUGAAGAGGCACUAAUAAUCCAUGAGGAAGGCACAGGGGCUAUAGUCCCGCCAUAUAAGUCUUCAAAGAUUCCCCUUGGUAACUACGAGAAGGACAUCCACUUGUUUUUCUGUGAGUACAGAUCUGGUGAUCCAAAGUGCAUCUAUGUGAAAAGGAAAGGCUUCCCUUCCCAAAAAUCAGUUUUAUACUAUGUGCAGGGGAGUAAUAAGAUUUUGUCUUUUCUUGUCCUUGAAGAAGUGAUAUGGUAGGGCUGAGAUGUUACUGUUUCAUUCAGUGGAUUUUUCCUGACACAGGCUUGGGCAUUUUCUGUCAAGAAGUGGCAGACAGUAAUCUUCAAUGCUGCCUUAAAAAACAAAAAGAGCCUGAUGAGUCUCAUUUUUCUUUGGUGCUUGUGACUAUUCUAUUUUGUUCUGCAACCAGAAAGCUAAGGAGAAUGGGAAAUCAUUUGAGCCACAGAGAGGCUGCAAAGAUAGUAGCAGCUACUUGGAAAUGCUGGUGUGUUUUAAGGCUAUCUGCGUGGAGACUACCUAGUAAAUGGUGGUUACAACUUUCAUCCCAGAGAAUGUGGACUUGUUUACUUGUUCACUUUCUAAUGGGAAAUAUGACUAAUGAUGUGACUGUAGUGUAUCAUUGUUAAUUAUUCAAGAACUCAGUGAGGGAAGGGAGAGAGGAAUGGAGAGAUAAGUAGGCGGCCUUUCCUUGUACAUUGGGAAAAGAUUGUGGUAGAGUCCAGAUAUCGUGCCAGCAAAGGCCUGCAGCUGUAGUAGCACUACCGCUUCUUAUAUGUUCCCAUUCUCUUUUAUGUGGCUAGGGGAAGCAAGUCUUGCUGAAUCCUACUAGCUGCAUUUGUGAUUCCAAAAUAAUUGAAGAGGCACUCAUAAUCCAUGAGGAAGGCACAGGGGCUAUAGUCCCGCCAUAUAAGUCUUCAAAGAUUCCCCUUGGUAACUAUGAGAAGGACAUCCACUUGUUUUUCUGUGAGUAUAGAUUUGGUGAUCCAAAGUGCAUCUAUGUGAAAAGGAAAGGCUUCCCUUCCCAAAAAUUAGUUUUAUACUAUACUAUGUGCAGAGGAGUAAUAACAGAUUUUGUUUCUCUUGUCCUUGAAGAAGUGAUAUGGUAGGGCUGAGAUGUUACUGUUUCAUUCAGUGGAUGAAUCCAUUGCUUUAAACAUAGGGAUAUCUUUGAAUGAACCAUUUUUCACAUUGGAGAUCUCUGCCUUUUAUUAAUCAUUAUUUUGCUGAAACUUAUUCAAGUCUUGUUUGGUAAUACCCUAAUUCUCACUGAGGUAAUACAUGUAUGUAAUUGAGAGUUUUCUUUAUUUUAAAAAAAAACCUUCUCCAUAUAGAAAACUAGAUGUCAGCAAGAAAACUAAUUAGCUCCCUUUUUGCUAUUGAGGGAGCUGUAAGUGUGGGAAUAUAUUGUCAUCUGAGCUACAGUCUGCAGUAUGAAGUGAUGAGGUCCAAACCCCAGUUUAUUACCCUACUGAUUUAGGGCAAGAGUUUCAGCUUGGGUUGUCUUGCUUCCUGUAUGAAACUAAUUGAGGUCAUCUGUCCUUAGAACAUGGAGCUUCUAUACCAUUUGGUAGGAAGAAUAUCAAGGACUAUUCUGAUAAUUACGCUGACCUGAAACAAAGGAAAGACAAAGGAAAAUGUCUAUGGCUUGAAGUAGUAAUUAUGUCCUUAUCAAGUGCCUUACACAUGUGUUAAUAGGGAAAGUUGGGAAACCAUUUUACAAAAUAAAUGGAUGUGAAACCUA